AUGACCGUCAUCAGAGUCUCCGUCAAGGCCGGGAGGGACUUGUUCACACAUUUCCACCCCAGGGCGUCCGAGACAGUCACCCUGCUCAGGGGCAAGGCUAGUGUCGCUUUCACAUUUGAGGGCUUGGGCGAUGCCAGGCGUGUUACUAAUGCCCUCAGAAAGGGCGAAAGCACCGUGUUUCCGCAGGGGCUGGUCCAUGAGACUACUUGCAUCAGCAAAAAGGACUGUGUCUUCUUGGCCUUCUUGAACUCAGCGGAUCCGGGUAUCGUCCCAGUCAGCGUUUAGGGGCAUGUAAAACGUCUGGAAGAGACCUUGAGAGGGCGCUCUGUGUAGAUUGAUUCUUUAUUGUCAUUCUGCGACACACUUCUCUCAAUUAAACAUAAAAAGGUGUUUGUCAUGACGAACCCCCGUUGAAACCCA